UGCUCUCUUUGAAGCGGCUGCUGUUCAACUCCCAGGUUGAGGCUGAUUUGCCCUCACUCCUCUUCUUGCCUCCAAAUCAGCUACUCUUCGUACAGCUAAGCGGCGGCUGCAGCUGCAGUAACGGAAAUAGCUAACCGUAAUUUUAUUUUUUCUGUCUCGGACGCUUUUACCAUCGGAACCAAGGAUGUCGGACACCGUAGUUGAUACGACCACUGCUGCCGAGGUCUCACCUAAGGAGCUGAAGGAGAAGAAAGAAGUUGCCGAGGAGGUGGAGGAAGCGGAGAAGGAGAACGGCAGCGAAGAAACACCUGCCAAUGGAGCAAAGACAAAUGGUGCUGACCAUGAUGAGGAAGUCCCUGAGGAGGAGGAUGAAGAGGAGGAAGGAGAGGGAGAGGAGGGUGAGGAUGCGGAGGAAGGGCCAGAGGGAGAGGCAGAAGAACAUCCUGUAAAGCGCCCAGCCGAUGAGGAGGAAAAAGUUGAAACGAAAAAGCAGAAGACAGAAAAUGGCAGCUCCACAGAAGCCGAAGUGAAAGCUUAAUGUCUCAGUUCACCUUCUCCAGUAGCUCUGUCUGCAUGGUCAUCUUGACCCAGUAGAGUUUGUGCUUUCAUAUACAAAUAAUUUUCCUCCCCAGAUAUCAUAUUUGCACUGGAGUCCUGAAACAUCACAGCCCUUUUUGUUAAAUGUUAUUUAUUGGUCACUGAUGGCCAGUUUUAAUUACUGCUGCAAAAUGGGGGGGCACUCACGAAAAAGGUGCUUUUUCUUUCUACUUAUGAUACAGUUGUGAAGCACAUUUUCUACUUUGUUACGUGACCAGCCGAUGCUCCUCAAAGCAGCUGUGCCCUUCACACGGUUUCUGACGUUUAUGGUGACCUCUCAAAAUUCACCUAAGACCAAAGAUAAGUUUUAAGAAGGGGGUAAUGGACAGUUGUUACCUUUUGUGUGGUUAAAUAGUAUGUGCUGCUAGUAGUUAAAUCUGUCUGGCUGGUCUGUAGUACAACAGCAGAUGGCACGAAAGAUUCAGGGGUCCUUACUGUAUGUGAUGAGGUCGUUAGGCCCACUGAGAUAACAAACUCUUGCAGUGUUUAUUAACCCCUCUUAAAUCUUAAGGAUUUGGUCCCUGUUCUGUUUUAAGAUUUGCUUUGUACUCUGUACAGAUUUUUUUUUCUUCGUCUUUUUGUUUUAACCUGGAUAACCUGGUUCCUGGGUUCACAAGAGUUCAUCCACCGCUGUGCUGGGUUUCCUUGCUUAUCCUCUGAAUCAAUUUUUUUUUACUCUUUUUGGUUGCUUUGACCACUGCUUUGUAUAUUCUGGUUCUGGAUUAUAAAUAAAUCAGUCUUUUUA